AUGAAAAAAGUAUUAUUCAUCCUCUUUUUAGUCAUCGUUUUUGCUUUGGCUAUCUUCGCAUCUCCUCCACCCAACAGAAGAGGGACAAAAACAUCUACAUCAGCUACCCCAACUGCAACAGAUGAUAGUGACGCCACUUUUUCCAAGGACUCUUUAUCAGGUCCUGCAAAUGGAAAAGUUUGUAAUGUCUCAAAAAUCAAAACUAAAGCAAAUGGUACUCAAUUAGUAAAUGGCGGUCAAUCCUGUUCCUUUACUCAACUAGGAGAAAUCCCUGAUGUUAGCCAAAUGGUCUCAUCACUUAUUAUCUCACCAAACAAUGAGGACGUCAUAGAAGUGAAUACUCCUUUCACUGUCUCUGUACUUAGUGCUAAUUUGGCAACUGGAAACUUUGAUAAUCCAAAAACCGAAUAUUAUUUAUUUUCACAACAAUUAAACAAGAAGGGUUUCAUCAAGGGACAUUCACAUAUUACAAUUCAGCAAUUAAAUUCUAAGGCCUCGCCGCCAGAUGCAAGAGAUUUCGUUUUUUUCAAAGGAUUGAAUCAGAUAACCAAAAAUAGCACUUUGUCAGUACUAGUACCGGAUGGAUUACCAGCUGGAUAUUAUCGUAUUUGCUCAAUGACUGCUUCCUUCGCACAUCAACCUCUCCUCAUGCCUGUUGCUCAACGUGGCUCUCAAGAUGAUUGUAUUCGAAUUACAGUACUUUAG